CGCUAUUAUCAAAUAUCAUCAUCAACAAAUAAACAAAAAAAGAAAGAAAAUUCAAAAUCAUGGGAUCAAAAUCUCUUUGCAAUACCUGUUUUCUUUCCUCAACAGCGUGCUUUCCGAAACACCGAUCCAGAAAACCGAUCUCCACGGCGACGCCGAAGAUAUUCGCCGCGAGAAGAUCGGAUAAUGAUGACUUGAGCUGCAGCGGCGUUGGUGGUGGAGGAAGACGGCGACUCGUCGAUGAAAACAUGAUUGUUCUACGGAAAAGAAUACACGAGAUCAAGAUGAUAGAGCGGAACUAUGAACCGCCGGCGGAUUGGAUGGAGUGGGAGAAACGGUAUUACACGAGUUACGAUUCGAUUAUAUGUGAUGUUUUGGGCGUUUUACAGUCGCAGUUGAUGAAUACUCGGCCGAGCUUAGCUUUAGGGAUGGUGGCGGUGAUGAUGUUGAGCUUGCCGGCGUCCGCUGCUUUCGUGGUGGUGCAUGCGGUGGAAAUGAUUAAAAGGAUUAUGGAAACUGGGAUGCAUAUAUGAUAUUAAAAGAAACUGAUGGUUUCAUAUUUUCUCUAACAUAAUGGAUAGAUAGAAAUUUCAAAUUUGAGUUGAGUUUAUAUUUUUAAGGUUAAACUCUGCUAUUAGUCCCUGUAUUUUACGAAAAUUAUGGAUUUAGUCCCUGUACUUUAAUUUGAUA